AUGGGCGAGAAAGCCAUGGCGAAAGCGGCCGAGGAGGAUUGGCACGUGGGGGAGUCGGUGGUGGCGCUCAUUGAGUCCCGUGCACGCGAGAUUGGCCUCGCUGCCGUCCACCGACGGUCAAUGCAAUUCGAGAUCACCCAGUUCUCAGACACCGCUUCCUACAACCGGGUCGUCUCGCAUUGCCUUUUCCAGGACCCCGCACGAGUGCUGGUGAGCCGCAGUGCGCGCGGCACCCAACUCCUUCUACUUCUGGAGCAGGCCUUCCCGGAGAGGCUUCUGUGCCUCGAGCGCCGGCACUUCGACGAGGCCCGGGGCCAGGCUUUGCUCCAGGAGACCUGUGUCUCUGGCUUGCAGGCUCCUGACCUCGAGGAGAAGUUCGUGGCGUCAGCGGCCUUCGCGGCACUCUGGCACUUUCUCGAAGCCUCGAACAUGCAUCUUCAGAUCCCGGCCGUUCUGGUGCGCUUCCGCGUCGCCAGCCACUCAAUGGUCAUCGACGGCUCCACGGCGCGGCUGCUGGAGCUGGUGCGCGGCGCCUCGGAGCCGGCAAAGUCGCUGCUGGGCCUCUUCGCCUGCCGCACCGCCGGCGGGCAGCACUUACUUCGGCAGUCUUUGCUUCAGCCCUCUGUGCAGUUGCCGGAGAUUCAGGCCAGGCAGCAGGCGGUGGAGGCCUUGCUUCGAGACGAGCCGCUGUUCUUUCAGCUCCAGCAGCUGCUGCCGGCACUGGGAGACCUGGAUGUGCUCCUGGCCCGACUGAGCGAGCCGAGCCUUGGGAGCCUUGGGAGCCUUGGCUCCGGCUCCGACGGCUGCAAGGUUGCCGCGCGCACUGCGCUCCGCCUGCGCAAUGUCCUGGCUGCCCUGCCGCUCCUCGCCGACGCGCUCGAAGCGGCGCCGAAGGAAGGGCUCUUGGAAGAGCUACGGACGCUGCUGGGCCACCGGCGGUUCUCGGAGCUCUGCAAGGAGCUUGACCGCGUCCUGGACUCCGAAGGGUUCUCGCAACGCUCCCAACGGGGCUCCAUGGCGCACUGCGCCUUGAUGUAUGCUGUGAAGAGCAAUGUGAGCGCCUUGUUGGAUGUGGCGAGGCAGACGUGGAGUGAGUCCAUGGCCAAGAUCCAAAGCACUUUUCGAGUUCUCGCUGCCAAGUACCCGGAUCUUCGGCUGCGCCUGGAAUUCGCAGAGAAGCGAGGCUGGUUCUUGUCACAUGAAGCCAUGGGGAUCCCGGAAGCCUUCCUUCACACGAGCCUGAAGAAGAACUCCAAGGGACAGCGCUCGCAACGAGCCGAGUCCACGACCAAGGACCUCAACCAGGAGAACUUCAAGCUCCGCCAGGCAGAGGCCGAGAUCCUGAAGCGCACGGCGGAAGCGCUCGGCGGCCUGCUGCACGAGCUGCGGAGCGAGGCCACGCUGCUGCACCGUGCCUCACAAGCAGCAGCAGUCCUGGACCUGAUUGCAGCCUUCGCCGGCUACGCUCUCUCGGCCAGUUGUGUUCGGCGGGGCACGCAGUUGCAAGGCAGUAGGUAA